CCCAAGCAGGCCAUCACUCGGUGGACCGUAAACGCUGCGACUCCCUUCGCCUGAACGAAGCGGUAGAGGUUCCGGUCUCAGGCUAACGGCUAUGACCAUGGCGUCCACCGAGAUAGCAAGGCAAGCGGGAGAAGGUGCUCGUGCCGUCCCCCUCGCCGGUCAUGUUGGUUUUGACAGCAUGCCUGACCAGCUGGUCAACAAGUCUGUCAAUCAUGGGUUUUGCUUCAACAUCCUCUGUGUUGGCGAGACGGGUCUGGGAAAGUCCACUCUGAUGGACACGCUGUUCAACACCAAGUUCGAGGGCGAGCCCACGCAGCACAACCAGCCGGGUGUAACGCUAAAGUCCAAUACUUACGAACUCCAGGAGAGUAAUGUGCGCCUCAAGCUCACCGUGGUCAACACAGUCGGCUUCGGAGACCAGAUCAACAAAGAAGACAGCUACAAAUCCAUUGUGGAAUUUAUUGAUGCUCAGUUUGAAGCGUAUCUACAAGAGGAGCUGAAGAUCAAGCGCACGCUUCACAGCUACCAUGACACACGCAUCCACGCUUGCCUCUAUUUCAUCGCUCCCACUGGCCACUCUCUGAAGUCCCUGGACCUGGUGACAAUGAAGAAACUCGAUAGCAAGGUCAAUAUCAUUCCCAUCAUUGCCAAGUCAGAUGCCAUUUCCAAGAGUGAGCUGGCCAAGUUCAAAAUCAAAAUCACCAGCGAGCUGGUUAGCAACGGCGUUCAGAUCUACCAGUUUCCCACAGAUGACGAGUCCGUAGCAGAGAUCAACUCCACCAUGAAUAGCCAUUUGCCCUUCGCCGUGGUGGGCAGCACUGAAGAGGUGAUGAUCGGGAACAAGAUGGUGAAAGCGCGGCAGUACCCAUGGGGGACGGUGCAGGUGGAAAACGAAAAUCACUGUGACUUUGUCAAACUGCGAGAGAUGCUCAUCAGAGUGAACAUGGAGGAUCUACGAGAGCAGACUCACACACGCCACUAUGAGCUCUACCGUCGUUGCAAACUGGAGGAGAUGGGAUUUAAAGACACGGACCCUGACAGCAAACCCUUCAGUCUGCAAGAAACAUAUGAAGCAAAGAGGAAUGAGUUCAUGGGUGAGUUGCAGAAGAAGGAAGAAGAAAUGAGGCAAAUGUUUGUCCAGAGAGUGAAGGAGAAGGAGGCAGAGCUGAAAGAAGCAGAGAAAGAGUUGCAUGAGAAGUUUGACCGCCUGAAGAAGCUGCACCAGGACGAGAAAAAGAAACUGGAGGACAAGAAGAAGUCUCUGGACGACGAGCUGAACAUGUUCAAACAGAAAAAGACGGCUGCUGAGUUGCUGCAGAACCAGGCCCAGCAGGCAGGUGGCUCCACCACCCUUAAGCGGGACAAAGAAAAGAAGAAUUAACUCCCAAAUUCGCUGCAUGCUGCAUGAAGCCCUGUUUUUGAGAAGGAUUCCUGUAGAAAGUGCACCCUUGUGGCCAUCCUGCUGUGAAUGAGUUUCCACCCCAUCAUCCUUUUCCAGUAGUCCCUCCCCAUCCUCACCCACCCUCACCCCAUAAUGCAACCCUCCACAUGCCCAGCGGAAGAGUCUGGGCUCAGUAUGAGUUUUUACACUUUAUUUUUGCUGAAUGGCGCUUGGCUCUUGGUUUGUACAAGCUAUGAUUCAGCUUUACUUUUGAUAUGAAUUCGCACUGUCUUUCAUAUUUUUAAUGGAGUGACUCUUUGCAUGAUGGAUUGAGCUUGUUCGAGAUGCAUUGAUGCCAAAGCCAGACAUCCCCCAGGAGGACAAAACAAAACUGAUGUGUGACGGCCACUGCAUGUGAAAGUACUGAGGAUUGCACUGCAGAUGUGUUUAUCACCACUUAUUGGACCAACCUGAACCAACGGUUAAAUUCACACAGUGUCACGCCACGGCCUUUUAUCCCUUCAGUCCUGUGUCUGUUGAUGUCUGGUUUUGCCCUCAAUCAUGAGCCGACUGAAUUACCUGCCACUUCUGCCGAACCUCACUCACUGUCAUUUAUUGUGCUUGUUUUUAGUCCACUCUCACAUUUGCACUUUUUUAUACAAACAAAUGUGAUUCCACAAGUGUACAUUCCGUCUGCCAUCAGUGCAAUUGUAAGUUUCUACCACAGAGUUGAAGGUCAUUGCUCCUUUUCACUGAGCAGUGUGUUUAGCGAAAAGCAAAUACUAUUGAAUAAAUGACUUUUCCUAUCAGUUAUUACCAACGAUUAUCUUUUUCCUCUUUGACUGCAGUUGGAAAUGUGAAUAGAGGAAAUUUUAAUUUUCUGUUUUAGAAGUGAAUGCUUUUUAAGGUCACCUCAGAAUAAAUAAACUCAAUUCAUUUAUAGUGUGACUAAUGCGUUGCAUUUCUUCCCUGUCAUCUCAUACAUAAGGUGCAAUACAAAUGUAUCUUGGCAUGAGAACAGCUAACAAGAAAAUGAACUUUCAUUGAGCUUUAAUAACAAAUAGAAUCUGGCAUUUAUGUUAUGUAUUGCUGGUGCUGCUUAUAACUGAUGGUCACGCAUAUAUUCUGUUGAAAUUUGUAGUAACUGUCCCUCCAUUUAAGUUUUUAUUGAUUGCUUGGGAGACGGGAAGUCGUGAGGAAGUGUGUGAAGGCCUUUUAUUAUAUUAUGCACUGGUUUUUGUUAACUUUUUUUAAUGACCUGUUAUUGUUAAUACAUAGUGACAAUUCUACGUAAUGCAGCCGCGCUGCUGUGCGAUGAGGACAGCAACUUUCUCUCCCUGUUUCGGCUCACACGUCUGUUUAUCCGCUUUUCUUUACAGCAACCCCUGGCUCUGCACUGAGUAGGUCCUCUGUUCUCUGGCUCUACUCAGUGGUGGUCUUCUCUGGGUGCCUCAGAGGCUUCUUUUUUUGGACUUGGGUGUUGUGCUUCACGUGUUGAAUUUCCUCUGAUGUUGAUUUUGUUCUUGUCUGCGUCACGUUUGAUCAAUGUUAACUGUGGCGAUUUUAUUUCCGAUCACAGCUGAAUCCUUUUCCCUUCUGACUGCUGAUGCACUAUUGGAAUAUGCUUUGCCUCUAACUGCAGCUUUCUCUUUGUCUCU